CUGGUUUUACCCACGCUGAAGAUCACAGGAAUGUUCACUGGCUUAUAGUUUCAUAGUCAUUUUUAAAACAAUGGAGAUAUUUUAAUUGACUGGCAUCAUGUGGAGGCUUUUCUUUCAUCUGUAUGCUGUAGCUCUGGGUCUCAUCUGGCAAAACAAACACACAGUGGCCUCAGAUCGACUGUCCACACCAGACGAGGUAACUGCAGCACAUGGAGGAUCUGUGACGGUCAAGUGUCAUUAUGACCAACAGUUCAGAGAGAACACAAAGUACUGGUGCAAAGGACCAGUGUAUGUCUACUGUAAGAUCGUGGCGAAAACACCCAGGAACCGACCCAGUGACAGAUGCUUCAUUGCAGACGAUAAAGAGGCAGGAGUCUUCACUGUAACCAUGACUGGACUCCAAGACAGUGAUGACGAUUUGUACUGGUGUGUCAUUGCCAAGGGUGGAUUGAACAUCCACACUCCUGUCAGGCUCCUUGUUUCCCACACAGUGGUAACACCAACUCCCACAUGGACACUGACGCAUGAUGACAUAAGUUGGUGGGCGACUCUACGGUGGAUUCUCUUUGUUUGUAUGAUGUGCUGUUUGGUGUCAGUGCAUAUUGCUUUGUGGGGGAAUAGAAGGUGGAAGAAAAAUAGGAUCAAAUCAUAAAACAUGACUGUGUCAACAAACAAAUAAUAAAACAAACAUUAAGAAUGUG